AGGGAGACUGAGUCCCGCCGCCCUCUCCGCCCCGUGGCGCGCUCAGGGUCAGGCGUCGCGCGACCCCGCUGCCAGCGUCCCCCGCGGCUCCCGCAUUAACGUUCCGGUCCCUCUUGUGACCGAGUGCGCACGCGCGUUGCGCCCCAGCAGGCUCAGCAGCACGGCCCGCGGAGCAGCCGAGCCUCUCACCCUCCCUGAGCUAGGCGCGUUUCCGCGCCGGGCGGUACAUGCGGGUGCACCAGGGCGCCGGGCGCUUGCGCAGAACCAGGCAGCAGCCGCGCGUUGCGCGAAGUGGGCGUUUGAAGCCGCGGUGAGGUGAUGGAGCUAGGGAGCGGGGGGGAGGAGGCGGCGCGGGACGAGGGCGAGCCGGAGACAAAGAGGCGGAGGCUGCUGUGCGAGGAGUUCGCCUCAGUGGCGAGCUGCGACGCCGCGGUGGCGCAGUGCUACUUGGCGGAGACCAACUGGGAGGUGGAGAGAGCGCUGAACUCCUACUUCGAGCCGGCCGCGGAGGGGAGCCUCGUGAGGAGCCGGGCCGUUACGCCCGCAGAGCCAGGCCGCUGUGUUGACCUAACCAGUGAAGAAACAGCUGACUCCACUAGUUCUAAAAUCUGCUCAUCUCAGCAAGAAGAUGGCAGCAUGUUCUCUUUCAUCACAUGGAAUGUUGAUGGAUUGGAUCUAAACAGUCUACAAGAGAGGGCUCGAGGAGUGUGUUCCUAUUUAGCUUUAUACAGCCCAGAUGUGGUAUUUCUACAGGAAGUUAUUCCGCCAUAUUAUAGCUACCUAAAGAAGAGAGCAAGUAGUUAUGAGAUUAUUACAGGUCAUGAAGAAGGAUAUUUCACAGCUAUAAUGUUGAAGAAAUCAAGAGUGAAAUUAAAAAGCCAAGAGAUCAUUCCUUUUCCAAGUACCAAAAUGAUGAGAAACCUUUUGUGUGUCCAUGUGAGUUUGUCUGGAAAUGAACUUUGCCUUAUGACUUCCCAUUUGGAGAGCACCAGAGGGCAUGCGGAGGAACGAAUCAAUCAGUUAAAACUGGUGUUAAAGAAAAUGCAAGAGGCUCCAGAGUCUUCUACAGUUAUAUUCGCAGGAGAUACAAAUUUAAGGGAUAAAGAAGUUACUAAAUAUGGUGGUUUACCCAACAACAUUUUGGAUGUCUGGGAGUUUUUGGGCAAACCUAAGCAUUGCCAGUAUACAUGGGACACCCAGAUGAACUCUAAUCUUGGAAUACCUGCUACUUGUAAGCUUCGUUUUGACCGCAUAUUUUUCAGAGCAGCAGCAGAAGAGGGCCACAUUGUUCCCCGAAGUUUGGACCUGCUUGGGUUGGAAAAGCUGGACUGUGGCAGAUUUCCCAGUGACCACUGGGGUCUGCUGUGCAGCUUAGAUGUUAUAUUGUGAAAUGCUUCUCAAAUGUGAGUCGUAGGUGUCUUGAGUCAUUUUGUUCAGGAAUUUUGCAAAUAUAAUUUCUGCCUAUCUGGAAAGGUCAAUUUAAUAUGGAGAAAUUAAUAUUGUAUAGUGGGUCAUUGUUACAGGAAGAAUCAGUUAGGAUUUUAUGUGGUAGAUUGUGCCCUCAGAAUUCAGAAUCAGUGUUUAUUUUUUUUAAUUUAAAAAAUUUUUUGAAUUGCUGAGUUAUUAAAUUGCCCAGCUUGGGUUUAAACUGGUGAUCCUCCUGCCUUAGCCUCACAGUGCUGGGAUCACAGGUAUGCACCACCAGGCCCAGAGUGUAUUUUAAACUAAGGCGUACCAGUGUUCAGAAUAUGAAGCCCUUUUAAUGAAAGGCUAUGAGCUUCAGCUGCCAGCUGGACUUCAGAUAGGGCCCCCAUUGUCUGGGAACUAACAUGUCUUUUUUCAAUCAGGCACCAAAAUAGUUAAUAUUUUAAAUGUCAUCAAAAGAAAAAAAGCUGGGGAUUUAGCUUAGUGGUACUGCCGCCUGCCUCAUAAGCGCAGGGUCCUGAGUUUGAUCUCCAGUACAAAAAUAAGUAAAUAAAAAAGGAAAACAGGUUACUGAGUUCUUGGGACUGAGUCACAAUUGUAUUUCAGAAAUUUAGAUAAAAAGCCAUGAUGACUUGCAGUUAAGUAGAUGACAGUGGUCCUACAUUAGAUUUUUUUUUUUAUCAGUCAACAGUACAUAAUCGGGAAGCUACAAACGAAACUUUAUGAUUUAAAAUUCUUUAACUCUUUUCUGAUUAAUGUUGGUGGCCAUGUCACCAAAGUUAUGGUUAUCACGAUUAAAAUCAGUUUUUCAGCAAGAUGGGACUUUUUUUCUAAGAGAAAAAUAAAUGCAUAAGGAUAAAUAGCCUUUUAGUUUUGCUACUUGUAAAAGGGAAAUAUUUUACAGGAUGUGAAUAAAGAGUACUUUUUUCAUUUCCCUCUCCCCUUUGGGGUUUGUGUGUGUGUGUGUGUGUGGUUCUGGACGUGGAAACCAGGGCUUUACACCCAGGAUCUCACACAUACUAGGGAAGAGUUCUUCACUCAGCUAUAUAACCCUGCCUCUAAAGAAUACUUUCAGAUGUGCUUUAAAGAAGAAAAAUUCCCCACAAAAGAAAUGGACUGUAAAUAAAGAAUUUUAUGUGUUUAUAGAUUGUGUUUUUAUGUCCAUGGUGGAAUUAAAAUUUUUACCUGUU